CCCCGUUAUUAUAUACUCACUCGAAGCGUUUCUUUAAUUUACCUUCAUUCUGUGUGUUUCUCUUUUUCUCUCUCUCGUUUCUCGCCGAGAUAUCUCUCUCUCUCUCAGAAAAUAACAAUAGAAGCAUGAAGUUCGGGAAAAGCCUGAGCAACCAGAUCGACGAAACAUUGCCCGAGUGGCGUGACAAAUUCUUGUCUUAUAAGGAACUUAAAAAGCGUCUCAAGCUUAUCAAUCCUUCUGUGGCCGCCGUCGAUGAUUCCAGCAGACCGGAGAAACGCCGGAGACUCUCCGCCGGCGAGAAUAUGUCCGAUGAGGAGAUUGAUUUUCUUAAUUUGUUGGAGGAUGAGCUUGAGAAAUUUAACUCGUUCUUCGUUGAGAAGGAAGAAGAAUACAUCAUUCGAUUAAAGGAUUUGCGGGAUAGAGUAGCAAGCGCUAAAGAUUGGAGUGAGGAGAUGAUAGAUAUACGUAAGGAGAUAGUAGAUUUCCAUGGCGAGAUGGUGCUGUUGGAAAAUUAUAGUGCUCUUAACUAUACAGGAUUGGUCAAGAUACUGAAGAAAUACGACAAAAGAACAGGUGCUCUCCUUCGCUUGCCCUUUAUCCAGAAGGUUGUACAACAACCUUUUUUCACCACUGACUUGCUUUACAAGCUCGUGAAGGAGUGUGAAGCAAUGCUAGACGGCCUCUUUCCUAUGGCUGAACUGCCACCUUCAUCUGAGAUACUGAACAAGGACGAUACCUUAACCUCUGCCCCUGCCAAAAAUGAUGACACAGUCGAAAUUGCCAAGGACCUUGCUGAUAUCGAGUACAUGAAAAGUUUGUACAUGAAGAGCACCAUAUCAGCAUUACGAGCUUUGAAAGAAAUUCGAAGCGGAAGCUCCACUGUUAGUGCUUUCUCAUUGCCACCUCUGCAAAUUAGUGGAAGGGAAGAUGCAUGGAUCCAAACCCCAGUUCUUCCACAAGAAGCCAAAUAGUAUAGUUUAAGUUUUUAGUCUUUGGAUCGCUCAUCUACACCGUUUAAGUUUGAUGUUGUACCUUUGGUGAUCAUUCUACGCACAUGUAUAAUGUACUUAAUAGAUACUAACCACCCCUCAAAUUCAUAGAUUUUAUAACGUCCCGAGUUUCCAAUACAAGAACAUGUUUACUGCAUAA